AUGGAUUUCUUUACAUCAAUUCCAACGCACAUAGAUUACGUCGGUCAAGCAAAGGCUGAAAAACUAUAUAGAGCAAUUAUUACAUUGUUCAGCAUUGUUGGUUUUAUCUGGGGCUACAUAGUUCAACAAUUUUCUCAAUCGGUGUAUAUUUUAGGAGCCGGCUUUGUACUUGCAGCAAUAUUAACCCUACCACCGUGGCCUAUGUACCGCAGAAAUCCAUUGAAUUGGCAAAAUCCAAAGAAUGCAGAAGAAAAAUCAUCUGGUAAAAAGGGGAAAAAAUGA